UUUCAUCUCAUAUUGCUUCCGUCAUCCUGGUAUCAGCCGUUCGUUGACUUGCACCACCGUCCGUGAAGAAAAGGACUAAAGAUAUUAUAGGAUUUGAAUGGGUAAGAAUGAUCAAAGUGUGAUUAAAGUUGUUUUAAUUGAAUAAAUGAGUGAAGCAAAAUUGAAGUUUUUGGAUUUGACUUUUCUCUAUCGUUUAUAGUUUGACAAAAGCAUCAUAAGAUGGUGAGAUGAGAAGGAGAAAAGAUGAUCCAAAAAGAAAAAUGAGAGAUUGAAAUGAAAGAGACAAAAAUGAGAUAAGAGGCUUUUUUCAUCUUUUAAAAUGUCUAGAUAGUUUGAAGUGUCUGAUAUUGAAAAGUAAAAUUAGAAAAUGUCUUAAUGUAUAAUUUCUGUGUAAUUUCUCUUAAUUGUGUAUUAUUGAAAUUAAAAGGCUACUGGUGGAAGUUGUAAUAACUAUGGCGGUGACUGAUUGCACAUUUUUGAAAUGUCUACAGUUUUAAGAGUCAGCCAUCAAUCAAGUUUUAAAAUUCAACGAAUUAGGGAUUAGUGUGUUUGCUUAGAUUAUAAAUCAGAUCAAAUUAGCAAAUUAAUCUCUUCAAAAUCUACAUAGACACCAUAGCCGUUGUUUUUUUUGAAACUAAAGUAAAACCUCCAGCUCUUUAAGAAGAUCUUCUUUCUCCUGUCAACGAUGCCUAGAUUACGACGGCCUCCGUGUCUACUACUCACUGUCUGGUUCUUGUGUAUUUACAGUUUGGUUCACGUCGUUCGAGCUCAAAACCGAACCGGAACUAUUACUCAUCCGGACGACGGUCUGUCUUUGAUUUAUGUUUUAAUUUUGUGUUGGAUUUUAUAUAGUUGGCUAACUUAAUUGUGCUAGCAUAAUGGGAUACUAAACAAUCAGUCUUUAGUGUUUUGUUUGAAUCUGCAUAUUUUAAAUCAUUAGUCUUCCUUAAAUAGAAACACGUACAUAUAUCAGAUAUAGACUAGUGCGUUGUAUGAAUUUUCUGAGGUUUUAAUUUGAAAUUAUUCCUUGAAGUGGACUAAACAGAAACCAGAAUUUUAAAUAUUAAGUUACACAGUAUAAGAGAUCUAUCAAACAUAAUAUGUAGUAUAUUAUCUUUUUGUAAUUCUCAAUCUUUGAAGCUGCAAAAUUUUGAUAAGAAGAUUCAAAAUAUUUUCUUUUUAAAUCUCGAAUAAAUAAGUUUUGUUCAAAACCAAAUGUGCACUUCUGCAAAUAUUUUUAAAUCUUUAUUCAAGUUAGUUUUUUAUGUGUCAGCAUGAUAUGUUGAUAAAAUUUUGAUGAUACAAUUAAUAUGUACAUAUUUUUAUAAUAUGAAGCUUAUUUUCAGAAAUUGAUCUAGCUGUUUUUGAAUUAUCUUCAUCAACUAUGACAAAAGUUACAUAAUCAUUUCCAUCAUCUGCUACGAGUUUAAUUCUGAAUCUCAAAAAAGUUUAUUUAAAUUUUAAACUUUAAUAAAGAUGAAUAUUUAUUUUUAAGAACUAUAAAAUUGUGAAUAUUAUAUAGAAACUCCAACGGACUGUGAUUUAACACAUGUUUGGCAAUAAAGUGAUAAGUCUGAUUUUAUCAAUUUUGUUGAGCAAAUUGAACAAUGAUAUGUAAUUCCUACCACUAUAUGAGAUAAUAUUAGUAAUAGUUGCCGUACAAAUGAAUGUCUUAUUCUGGAAUUUAUAAGUUUAUACAAUGCUAGAAAGAGUAUGUCAUAAGAAUUUAAUUUAGUAUUUGAUAUGAUAAAAAUUGUUCAUUAGAUACUAUUAUUUUGAGAUGAAAUCUCAAAUAAUAUUAGUACAAUGUCAGGCUUUUGAAUUUUCAUUAUACUUUUUGAAGGAUUUUCAAUCAUAUCGUCAAAACUAAUCCAACAGAAAAACAUUAUAGCUAAAAUUAAUAGAAACAAAUUAAAAAAGAAAAGAAAUUAUUUUAACUAAUUAAGUUUAAAUAUUUAAUAAACAUCCAAACAAUUAAAAUAGUACAUUUUCGAAGUUAGUAACAAAAUCAAAAUAUAAUUUAGUCUAAGAAGAUGCUGAUAAAUAAAUUGCACUUUGAUAUGUCUUUAUCAAAACAUUUGUCAUAAUAAGAACAAUGUUAUUAGUUUUCACAGCAAGAUGUUUAUACUUGUUCAUUCCAUAUUGUUCAAGUGAAGGUAUUUCAUUUCCACUCUGUAACUAUAUAAAACCAAACUUUUUAAAAGAAAAAAAGUAAAAUAAAAACCGAAAGUGCAUCAAUUUAACAUAGAGAUAUAUGUGAUAAAUAUAAAAGAUGCAAAAAAAUUAGUAAAAUAUAAAAUUUAUGUUUUAAUAUUAAACGUUGUUAAUUAACAAAUGAAUAAGUAUAUGAUUUAACAGCGCGUGCGCUGAACUCGAUUUUCGCGACUUGGAAGAUCAAUGCGUCGAAUGAUUGGAACAUCAGCGGCGAGCUUUGCUCCGGCGCCGCCACAAACGGCAAUGUCGACGUCGAUGACCCUGCCUACAACCCUAUAAUCAAAUGCGCGUGUACUUUCGCCAACUCCACCUGCCGCAUCACCGCACUGAAGGUCUAUUCAAGAGAUGUUGUAGGAACUAUACCUGAUGAGCUAUGGACUUUGGAACACCUCACAAAUCUGAACUUGGGUCAAAACUUGCUGACAGGACCCUUGUCUCCUGCAAUUGGGAACCUGAUUCGAAUGGAAUGGAUGACAUUUGGGAUCAAUGCGUUGUCCGGCCCUGUUCCCAAGGAGAUUGGUUUGCUUACCAAUCUAAAAAUGCUGUAAGCUUUGGUGCUUCUUGUUUGCUUAAAUAUGCUGAAAUUGGGAGUUGUACAAAGCUACAGCAAAUCUACAUAGAUAGUUCUGGGCUUAGCGGGGAAAUACCUUUAUCAUUUGCUAAUCUUGUGGAGCUGCAACGAGUCUGGAUGAUGGAUCUGGAAGUUACAGGUCGGAUACCAGAAUUUAUUGGAAACUGGACCAAACUUAUUGUCUUGAGAAUUGUCGGAACUGGUUUGAGUGGUCCGAUACCGUCGUCAUUUUCCAACUUAACUUCUUUGACAGAACUGAGGCUAGGAGAUAUAUCCAAUGGAAGCUCUUCUCUUGAAUUCAUCAAAGACAUGAAAAAUCUAAGUAUAUUAGUAUUGAGGAACAGCAAUCUCACGGGGGAAAUACCAUCUGAUAUUGGAGAAUACUCAAGCUUGCGCGAAGUUGAUUUAAGCUUCAACAAAUUACAUGGACCAAUACCGUCUUCACUUUUCAAUUUAACUUCACUUUCUCACUUGUUUCUAGGAAACAACACGUUGAAUGGUUCCUUACCCACUCAAAAGAGCCAGUCUUUGCGCAAUAUAGAUGUGUCGUACAAUAAUUUUUCUGGAAGUCUUCCUUCGUGGGUCAGCUUACCAAACUCGAAUUUCAACCUAGUUGCUAACAGCUUUACACUGGAAGGUCUUGACAACAGGGUUUUAUCAGGACUGAACUGUCUGCAGAAGAACUUCCGUUGCAGUGGAGGCAAAGGAAUCUAUUACAACUUUUCAAUCAACUGCGGAGGCCCGGAUAUAACGUCUGUUAGUGGGGCACUAUAUGACAAAGAUGACGCGGAUCUUGGACCAUCUUCGUUUUUCGUGAAUGCUGCUAGGAGAUGGGCAGUUAGUAGCAUUGGUCGCUUUGCCGGAAGUAGCAAUAAUAGAUAUACAGAAACUUUACUAUCACAAUUUACCAACACUUCAGACUCGGAGCUUUUUCAGACAGCAAGACUUUCUCCAUCUUCCAUAAGAUAUUAUGGUCUGGAGCUCGAAAAUGGAGUCUAUAACGUCACACUUCAGUUUGCUGAAAUACAAAUGACAAGUUCUAACUCUUGGACAGGGUUUGGAAGACGGAGAUUUGACAUUUAUGUCCAGGGAAGACUUGUGGAAAAGGAUUUUGAUGUACGCAGAACAGCUGGUGGCUUCACUGAUAGGGCAGUUCGUAGAGAAUAUAAAGCAAAUGUGACAGAAAAUUACCUCGAAGUUCAUCUUUUCUGGGCUGGAAAAGGAACAUGUUGUAUUCCUAUUCAGGGUGCUUAUGGGCCUAUAAUAUCGGCAGUCAGUGCAGCGGCAGAUUUUACACCAACUGUGAGUAAUAAGCCACCAUCAAAGAAAAAUAAUAGGACUGGUGUCAUUGUCGGUGUCAUUGUUGGCGUAGGACUUUUUAGCUUCCUUGCGGGCGUUGUUAUCUUCACAAUACGACAAAGAAGAAAGCCAUACACUGAUGAUGAAGAACUGCUUAGUAUGGAAAUAAAGCCUUACACAUUUACUUACUCAGAACUUAAAAGUGCAACUCAAGAUUUCAAUCUCUCAAACAAGCUCGGAGAGGGUGGAUUUGGGCCUGUUUAUAAAGGAAACCUCAAAGAUGGAAGAGAGGUAGCUGUGAAGUUGUUGUCUGUUGGAUCUCGGCAAGGGAAAGGACAAUUUGUUGCAGAAAUUGUAACAAUUUCUACAGUUCUACAUCGAAACCUUGUGACUCUUUACGGCUGCUGCUUUGAAGGAGAUCAUCGUUUGCUCGUAUAUGAGUAUCUCCCUAAUGGAAGUCUCGAUCAGGCACUAUUUGGGGAAAAGAGUUUACAUCUUGAUUGGUCAACACGUUUCGAGAUAUGCUUGGGAGUAGCCAGAGGACUAGUCUAUCUCCACGAGGAGGCGAGGGUUCGCAUUGUACACAGGGAUGUGAAGGCCAGCAACAUUUUGCUAGACUCCGAACUGGUCCCAAAAGUUUCUGAUUUUGGGCUGGCGAAACUAUACCAUGGCAAGAAAACUCACAUAAGUACCGGAGUUGCAGGGACCAUAGGCUAUCUUGCGCCAGAGUAUGCAAUGCGUGGACAUCUGACAGAGAAAACAGAUGUGUAUGCAUUUGGUGUUGUGGCUCUUGAGCUAGUUAGUGGAAGGCCAAACUCUGAUGAGAUCUUAGAUGAUGAGAAAAAAUAUCUUCUUGAAUGGGCAUGGAAUCUACACGAGAAAAGCCGUGAAGUCGAACUGAUAGAUGAUAGGCUAAGUGAAUUCAAUGUGGAAGAAGUGAAACGAGUGAUUGGCGUUGCUCUGCUAUGCACACAAGCAUCUCAUUCCUUGAGACCACCAAUGUCACGAGUAGUGGCCAUGUUGCCAGGAGAUGUUGAGGUCAGUGAUGUCACUUCUAAGCCAGGCUACCUAACCGAUUGGAGAUUUGAUGACAUCACCAGAGAUGUUGAGGUCAGUCAUGUCACUUUCGAGCCAGGCUAUCUAACCGACUGGAGAUUUGAUGACAUCACCACUUCCUCUCUCAGAAGCUUUCAAACCACAGAGACGAACACUUCUGGCUCCAAGAUUUCACCCCGAAAAGCCGACUCUGAGCCGAUGCUUGGAGCCCAAGAUCAGUUUUGGAAGAGAACAAUGUCUCUUCUCUGAUAGCCAUAGUGAUGUUUGUAUAUACUAAGGAUCCAUAUCUUCUUUGAUUGUAGAAAACAUGUUUCAUUAUUUGAUUGAAUAAACAUUUUAGCUCUUAGUUUUGUGUAAUGAGACAUUUGUGGGUGGUGAAGUUGUAGACAUAUGUAGUUGAACCCUGACCGGUUUAAUUUUACUGGUAAGAA